GGACUGAAGACUGAAAUGGAGGGAAUAAUCAGAGAGAAAGAGACAAUGGAGAUGACGAUGGAGAAAGAACGACAGAAUUAUGAAAGUGAGAGAGAGAAAAGAGAAGAAAGUGAGAAAAUGAGAGAGAGCGAUAAACAGAUUUGUGAUGAACAGAUUCAGAAACUGAAGACUGAAAUGGAGGGAAUAAUCAGAGAGAAAGAGAUGACGAUGGAGAAAGAACGACAGAAUUAUGAAAGUGAGAGAGAGAAAAGAGAAGAAAGUGAGAAAAGGAGAGAGAGCGAUAAACAGAUUCGUGAUGAACAGAUUCAGGGACUGAAGACUGAAAUGGAGGAAAUAAUCAGAGAGAAAGAGAAAAUGGAAAGAGAGAGACAGGGACAACUAGAUGAUGUAGAGAAGAGACGGAAAGAAAUAAAAAUAAGAGAAGAUCAACAACAGAUCUUUAAAGAAAAACUGGAGAGAAGUGGAAGACAACCAAUCAAGGAUCUGUUUCACAGACUUCAUCUUCACAAUAAACUAAGAGUUGCAGAUGUUCUUCAGAUAACUGAGUAUUCAUUACAGUCACAUGAGUCUUGUGCUGAAGAGGAGCUGAUUCAGACUUUCAUACAAAAACUACUGAUGAUGGACUUCAGAGCAAGAUAUAUUAAAACUACAGAUGCACAACAAAAAUACAAUUACUCAUCUGAAGAUGAGGGUGAUGUAUUCAGUGCAAUGUCUUUGUCUGAUGAAGGGACAAUUUGUAAAUUUGAGAGAAUCCACCCGAUGGAUGUUCAGAUGGCCGCGUUUCAUUAUGCUGAUUGUUUCCUUAAGCAGUUGAUGGUCACUAAACUGUCCCAGUGUCAGUACGCUCUGCCUCUGCUUGUCCCUGAUCCAGACACACAACAGAUUGAGUUUCCCCUCUGGACAUUCAGACAAAUCAACAAGAGCUGGAAGAAGAGAAACACUGACAAUGAGAUCAUCAGUCAAACCCAGCCGGUCUACAAGGCACAAACUCCGAUGGUGUCCUUCUUCAGGUUUGGCUCUGUGUCUUCAUCCAAGUCUGAGCUGAUGAACAGUCUGAUCAAUGAGAAACACAACACGUUCUUCCACAGGGACUGUCCAGGCAGCAGCAGCACCAGAGUCCUGAUGAAUGGAGUGGUGGAGAUCGCCUGGUUCUGCCCAUCUGGGACAAAUGAUGAUAAAUUCAAUCACUGCGUCGCGUUCUGUAAUCUACACGGGGAUGCAGGAGACCAUGAGAAACAGCUGCAGAUCCUCACUGAAAUGACCUCAGUCAAUGUUGUUCUUCUACCACAACUGGACAAGAAUGACAAAAGUGCAGCAAUAAUACAAAACUUGUACAGGAACUCAAAGCCACUUAUUUGUCUUUUUACUAAGGAUAAAUCAACUGUUACUGAGACACGAAAAGGAAAAUACAAGAUUGGUCUGAAAGACAGAAAUCAGUCAGAUGUAUCUGAAGAACUCAGAAGAGCUAUAAAUGAGUGUCUCUCAGAAUCAUCUUCCACUUUCAGACUUGAAGAUUUGUCCAAACACUCAGACAUCAGAGUAGAUGAGGAAGACUGCAGGAGAGGAAGAGAAGCAGCACAGCAGAUGAUGAGUUUACUGGAGAAGAAAGAUCUGACAGAAAUCAAAGACUCAUUUCUGCCUCAUCAGGGGAAACUGUGGCGUCAGUGGAGUCAGAAGAACAAAGAACUACAUCGACUUAAAGCAGAUGAGCUGGACAUCAGCAGAAGACAAACAGAGUUGAAUAAAAUCCGUGAACAGCAGCAUGAAUCUGACAUCAGUGAGUUUAUGACAUGUUUUAUUAAAGAAAUUAACUCACAUAGUGAACAUGAGAAGAUGUUUUUCCUUAAAUGGCUUAUAAUCCUCCUGGAUGAUUAUAUCUCAUCUGAACUUCAUGAUCUACAUCACAAGUAUGAAACAUUGUCAAAAGUCCUAAAACUGGAAGAAGACAAAUCUGAAUAUCUAAAGGCUGAAAAAAAAGUAGAACUUGAGAGAAUAUCUGAGGAUCUUCAAGCUGUAUCCUUUGGUUUGGAGCACAUCAUGAGGGAGAUCGGUCAGAUCUAUGAAUCAUGUUCAUCUGAGAAGAAGAACAAGAAAGAUCUGCCGUUUGACUCCUCUUCUCUCCCGAGUCUCGCAGCAGAGAUGAUGAUCUCUGGGUUUCCACUGGAGCUGAUGGAUGGAGAUGCUGCUCAUGUUCCUGUGAUCUGGAUCUCUGCUGUUAUAGAUCAACUCAUCCAGAAACUGGGAGAUCAGACCAGAGUCUUUGUGCUGUCGGUUUUAGGGAUUCGGAGCUCUGGGAAAUCCACCAUGCUGAACGCCAUGUUUGGGCUCCAGUUUGCCGUCAGUGCUGGCAGGUGCACCAGAGGAGCUUUCAUGCAGCUGGUCAAGGUCUCAGACGAGAUGAAGACACAGAUGAACAUCGACUAUAUUCUGGUUGUUGAUACUGAGGGUCUUCGUGCUCUAGAACUGACUGGAAGACCAAAAAAUCAUCAUGACAAUGAAUUGGCCACAUUUGUUGUUGGUCUUGGAAAUAUGACCUUGAUCAAUAUCUUUGGAGAAAACCCAUCUGAGAUGCAGGAAAUUCUUCAGAUUGUUGUUCAGGCCUUCAUGAGGAUGAAGAAGGUCAGACUGAAUCCCAGCUGUGUGUUUGUACAUCAGAACGUUUCAGACAUCACAGCUGUAGAGAAAAACACAGAGGGAAGGAGACGACUGCAGAAGACACUGGAUGAGAUGACAAAACUUGCUGCUAAAGAGGAAGUUUGUGAUGCAGAAUGUUUCAGUGAUGUUAUUGAAUUUGAUUUUCAGAAUGAUGUGAAGUAUUUCGCUCAGUUUUGGGAGGGAAACCCACCGAUGGCAACAACAAACCCAAAGUACUGUGACAAUAUACAAGAACUAAAGAAAACUAUUGUGUCUCAUGCAGAAAAUUCAUCUGACGUGACACUAGCACACAUAAAAGAUCGUAUUAAAGAUCUAUGGAAAGCUUUGUUGAAUGAACGAUUUGUCUUCAGCUUCAGAAAUUCUCUGGAGAUUUCAGCCUACAGGAAACUGGAGAGAGAAUACAGCAAGUGGUCCUGGAGUCUACGCAGUGCCAUUCUGGAAAUUAAGAACAAACUCCACAACCAAAUAGAAAAUGAAGCAAUAAAUGAGGUUGAGGAAACUGAUCUUCAAAGAGAACUGAAGAAGACAAGUGAAGAAGUGGAAAAAUCAAUGUCUGAAUUCUUUGAGAAAGACACAGAUAAAGAUAUACUGAUUCAGUGGAAAAAUUCAUUUGAAAUGAAAAUCAAAGAUGUCCAUGAAAACAUUGUGAGAGAAACAAAGAGGAAAUUAAAUGAGAUUCUUCAGCAGCGAGACCUGAAGAAAAAGAUUGAUGCUCAGAGGAAACAUCAAGAAAACACUCUCUAUGAAAAGAGCAAAGAACUUGCCUUAAAACUCAAAGACAAAGCAAAAGAUGAAGAAACGCUGAAGAAAGAGUUUGAUUUGUUUUGGAAACAGUGGAUGAAUGAGAUAACCAGAGACACUCACCCGAUCAAAGACAUUGAUAUAAUGAGAGACGUGAGAGAGAUUCUCAGGGACAUCUAUGAAAGUGCUCCUGUAGACCACUUGAGGGAGAGCAGAGAUAUUUUCUCUGUGUUGAGUUAUUCAGAUUAUGUUCAGUUCAAGAAAUCUAGUGGAAUGGCAAGUGCUUUAAGAAAUGUCUACAAAUCGGCUAAAGAGAUGUUAGGUUACAAUCUUUCUAAAGAUGAUGAGAUUCGAUCAUUUGUUACAGAUGUUGAACAGCAGACAGACACAAUGAUUCAGUCAUUUAACAUUUCAAAGAUGGGCUACAACAAGAGCUCCAUUCAACAACUCACGGGUUACAUCAAGAAGAGAGUAACAGAAUAUCAGAAAGGACCAGUGAAAUAUGUGUUCAAGAAUGAAUUCUUCAUGGAUUUGGUUCUCUCCAUCUGUAAGAGAGCAAACAAGAUGAUCACUGACCAACACAGACUGUUCAGGGAAGCUAACGAUCCUUUUCUCUAUUUGGAGAGGAAGAGAGGAGAGUACUGUCGUGUUUUCCAGAAAUACUGUCAUGGAGCAACAUCAGCUGCUAUUUUUGGAGAGAUCAUCUGUCAGAAACUCAAAGAGCCCAUUGAGCAGAGUGUCAGCAAGAGGACUGCCAAAGAGCUGACAAGUGAAAUGAGAUCAAACUGUGAAUCACUGAAUGGAAACAGAUCAGAUCUAGAGAAACACAUCCUGAAGACACUGGCAGAAGAGGAGGAUUUUAUCAAAUACAUGGACUACAUUAAAAAUCCCAGAGAUCACUUCAAGAGUUUCAUCAGAGAUGAAGUCAGUCGGUACAUUUCUAAAAAGUUUGAUGACAGCAUUAAACCCAAGAUGAAGGAGAACAUUGAACUCUUGAAGCAGAAGAUCAUGAAAGCAGCUCAUGAAUCUACUGAACAUGUUCAAGAGAACAGAGGAGAUGUUAAAGUUAACAGUGGAGAUGCUAAAGUUAACAGUGGAGAUGUUGGAUUGUGGUUGAAGAGUUUUACACAGAGGCUCUCAGAUGUGCUGAUCUUCUCUGAAAAAGAUCUCAGUGGCGUCAAACAUGAUGAUGUUGAUGAUUUCAAGGUCCUAGAAGAUGUGUUUAGAAAGGAACUUCCAGGAGUAAUUUCUGAUAUAAGAAAUCAUUUCAAUGACUUUCUUUGGAAGCUGGACUAUAAGUUCAGGCCAGAUGAGCUUCUGAUUGAUCACUUCUGUCAGUGCUGUUGGGUUCAGUGUCCGUUCUGUGGAGCCACCUGCACCAACACCAUAGAGAACCAUGAUGGAGAUCACAGUGUCCCUUUCCAUCGUAUUAAUGGACUCAAUGGGUUCUAUUACGAAGGAACACAACAUUUGUGUACAGAGUUUUGCUCAACUGUAGUGACCAGUUCUAAAACCUUUAACUCAUCAGGUCAGUGGUUUCCAUAUAAAGAAUACAAAAAAGCAGGAGGAGUGUUUGCUAACUGGAGCAUCACCCCUGACCUCUCUGAUCUGCCCUACUGGAAGUGGUUUGUGUGCAGAUUCCAGAAAGAUCUGGAAAAACACUACUGUAGAAAAUUUGAAGGGAAAGGUAAAAUACCAGAAUUUUGGAGAAAGUGCUCAAAAGAGGAUGCAAUUAAAAGUUUAGAUGAAAGCCACACUUUGAGAAAAAGGAACUAGUAUGUUUCAGUGAGUUCAAAGAGUUCAAGAGGUUAAAUAAAUAAAAACCAAGAAUAUCGAAACCGUUUUGAGAGAAGCUAAGUUUAAAAGAAAUUUCAGCAAUACCUGGAGAUUUAGAUUGAUUAUCAGAGGAAACAUCAUGAAAACAUUUUCUUUCAAAGACAAAGAACUUGCCUUCCAAAAAAAAAAAAAAAAAAAAAAAAAAAAAAAAAAAAAACAAGUGACAAAGAAACAAAGAAGAAACAGUUUUAUUCUGUUUGUAAACAGUUAGUUGCAGCAAUCAUUAAAAACACUCAUUCACAGCAAAAAGGCCAGUGUUAAAUGAACUCUCCUGGGAGUUUAUUUGAGACUUCACUCAAGAGUGUUAAAGUGUUCAAAUAAUUGACCCUUCGCUAAGCCCCGCCC